GAAGCACACGUGUUUCCGGUGAUCCUCCAGUGAGCAGCAGAAGAAGUCAGUCCUGUAAAUAAAUCCUGUUUAUCCCUUACAGGAAGCGAAAAUGGUUCGUAAGUUAAAGUAUCAUGAACAGAAACUGCUGAAGAAAGUUGACUUCAUCAACUGGGAGGUGGACAACAACCUGCACGAGGUCAAAGUGCUGCGGAAGUACCACAUCGAGAAGAGGGAGGACUACACCAAGUACAACAAGCUGAGUCGUAACAUAAGGGAUCUGGCGCAGAAGAUCAGAGACCUGGACGAGAAAGACGGCUUCAGAGCUCAGGGCACUCAUCGACUGCUGGAGAAAAUUUACAGUAUCGGCCUCAUCCCCACCAAACAGAACCUCUCCCUCACAGAGAAGGUCACCGCUUCCUCAUUCUGCAGGAGGAGGCUGCCCAGCAUCAUGUUGAACCUUCGUAUGGCUCAGAAUCUGAAGAACGCCGUCACCUUCAUCGAACAAGGACAUGUGCGUGUUGGCCCAGACAUCGUCACAGACCCUGCAUUUCUGGUCACAAGAAAUAUGGAAGAUUUCGUCACUUGGGUCGACUCGUCCAAGAUCAAGCAGCACGUCAUGAACUAUAACGAUGAGAGAGAUGACUUCGACCUGGUGGCAUAAGUCAGUUUGCCAAUUUGUUGCUCUGGAGGAGAAGACCGGGACAAAAACUCUGUGACAUGAACACAUCUACUACCCAGUAUGAAUUUCCUAUCAGCUGGGAUUAUGGAGAUAAAACAAGUUCUUGUGUCUCCUCAGGAGUCCUGACUUAUUUGAACAAAGACUGAAGGAGAUACUUCUGGACUCCAACGUUUUUCACUGAGCAUUUUUCCUGAUAUGAUCUAUGUUUAUACAGGGCAGCUUGUAGAGGUGUGUAUCCGGGUUGUUUCCUCUCCCGUAACUCCAUGUUGUUUGCUCUGCAAUGUGUGAACAGGACCUGCCUGAGGUUGUGAGGACCGUCCCUGGCAAUCAGGUUAACAACCUGGGUCAUACAUACAGAUGUAGAGUAGAAACUGGUUCCUUGAUAAAUAUUUAAUCUUUUCAACAAGACUUUGUUACAAUGUAAACUUUAUGAACAAUAAACUAUCUUCACAAAAUAUUAAGACUUUUCAUGAAACAUC